AUGGAACAAGUUCCUCAAUAUGCAAGCUCCUUAUCCUUAAUUGAAGGAGAUCAUAUAUAUGUGAUAGGUAAUUAAGAAAUAGGAGGAGUCAAGCCAGAUGGCUCUCAUUCGUCUUUAAUUCAUCGUUAUACAGACACAUGGACUCGCUUGAUGGCUAGUAAUCUUGACCUUUUUCCUCAGCGUGCAAGUCAUUGCGGUUUUAUUACAAAUGGCUGGAUUUAUACUUAUGGAGGUCAGGAAGAGUCCAAAACGACAGAAAGCAAAAUAUAUGGGAGUUGGCUUAGAAUUAAUGUAGAUGAUUUGCAAUGAGAAAAUUAUAUUGAAGAAGGCCGAUUUCCAUCACGGCACUCGGCAAGCUGUGUUUAUAGUCAAGAGCUAAAAAUGGCUUUGGUUUAUGGAGGGCUGAUUCCUCAAGAUAUUGUUGACGAUUUACUUAUUUUGAACCUUGGUAUAUCAUAAUUAGAAAAUAGAGAGUUUUUCUUACAGAGAACUACAGGAAAUCAUCCAAAAGUGUUCAUGCAUACUGCAGUUUUGCAUAAAAGAAAUAUGUAUGUAUUUGGAGGGAUCAGAGAUAAUGGAGAACCGUCUGCUGAACUUUUUAAACUUUCUCUGGAUAGUUGGGAAUGGCAAAGCUUACUCCUAUCAGUUAGCAAGCAAAAAAACCAUUGGAAAAACCACUAGCAAAAUUUUUUUAUCGAUAUAUAAGUGAUAAUUAUUAUAAUGAAAUCUAGAGCUAAUUAUGCUGAAUUUAAAAUCACUGUAUUUUAAAGCGUAAAUUUUACAGAUUAUAUUAAUUUUUCUAUAUGGAUUUUUUUAAAAAUUUUAUUUUUAAAUUUAUAUAUAAAUUCCUUACUCCCCCCCCAUCCUUGAUCGAACGACUCGCCAUCGUUCGAUCAAAGAUGGGGUUAAAAAAAAUUUUUUGGGGAAAAAAAAUUUAUAUAUAAAAUAAAAAAUAUAUAUAUAUAUUUUUUUUUAUAUACUUUUAAAUAAGAGGGUUAAGAGUAUUUAAUAAUUAUUUUUACAGCAAAAAAUUGAAUUAAUUCCAUAAAAAUACCAAAUUUUAAUAUUUUGAUUUAUUAGUUAGCCUUUUAAACUGUAUAAAUUUUAAUUUGUUCCUUAAUGAAUUAAAAUUUUUUUUUUUUUAAUUUUAAAGAAUCUCUAUUUUUUAGAUUAUUGAGUUUUUAAGCCUAGGUUAAUGGCUAAAUCACUUCGAAUAGUUGAUGUGCAGCUUUCUGUCAUCUCAAAGCUCUGAAAACAACUUCAUUAGAUGCAUCUUCCCAAGCUUUUGAUAACUAAUAUAUUUUUUAUACAUAUAAAAAUUUGCAUGAUAUGAAAAUCGUUCGAUCAAGGAUGGGGGUUAAUUUUCCCAAUUUUUAAGAAUUUUUACAGUCAAUCGUUCGAUCAAGGAUGGGGGGGGGAGUUAAAAAAAAAAUAAUAUCCUUGUAAGCUCACGAACGGGAGGGUUAGGGAAAUUUAUGGAUGAAGGUGUUGAAAUGAAAUUUUGUGGACACUCAGCAGGGAUAUGAAAUGACAGAAUGGUCGUAUAUGGCGGCUUUGAUGGCAGCAGCAAAAUGUAUAAUCAAUUCUUUGUGUAUUCUUUUGAAGAUAAUAAAUGGGGAAGAAUCCACGAGAAAAAAACUCCAAGAUUCUGUGGAAAUAUGAUAGUUAAAGACAAUGAAGAAAUUUUGCUGAUUGGAGGAUACAAUUUGUUGACAAGGCAGAUACCCAGUCAUGUGGAUGUUGUCCGUAUGUCUGAAAUCGGGUCAUUUAUUGAGGUCUUUGAAUAG